CCCACGUGUUGAUCUCACUUGACGCUACAGGUCUCCUACCUGUGCGGCUCCAAAAUCUGCACUGUUUGACCUAAAAGAGAGCGGAAAAUCGGGGAGCAAUAAAACUCCUCCCUCCACUUUGAGGAUUAAUAUACAUUAUCCUCAAACUCGGUGUGCUCCUCCGGAAAAAAAAAAUAACCAAGGGGGGCAGAAGCUGGCACAGUUAUUGCGCAUCUGAAUUCGGCGCAGUUCACUUUGCGUGAGCGGCACUUACUGUGGACCAGAGGCGGCUAUGCUGGAUCCGUCCUCCAGCGAGGAAUCGGGUGAAGAAGGUCGAGAAGAGGAGAUCCGGGAUGCUGCUCCGGCGGUAAGUCCGCAGAGGUCCGUGUCUGCGCAAGGACGAGACAGCCGGGAUGGGAAGCCGGCAGGAUCGGCUCGACCGCGACCCGCCAGCCCCGUUCCCGGCGAGAAGGAGAAAAACCAGCGUGAGAAACUUCAAAAAGAGGAAGCGGAGCGGAGGGUCAUUUUGCAAAUAUACGUGUUCGUGCUGAGGUGCAUCGCCUACCCGUUCAGUGCCAAGCAGCCAACCGACAUGGCACGGAGGCAGCCGAAGCUCCACAAGCAGCAGCUCCAGGCCCUGAGGGAUCGCUUCCAGGCCUUCCUGAACGGGGAAACGCAGAUCAUGGCAGACGAGGCCUUCUGCAAUGCAGUGCGGAGCUACCACGAGGGGUUCCUCAAGAGCGAGCGCCUGUCCAGGAUGGUGCAGACCGGCAGCUGCUCUGCCUACGACUUCCGGGAGGUCUUCAGGAGGAACAUCGAGCGGCGCGUGCGCAGCCUGCCCGAGAUCGAUGGCCUGAGCAAGGAGACGGUGCUGAGCUCGUGGCUGGCCAAGUAUGACGCCAUCUACAGGGGCGACGAGGACCUGCGGCGGCAGCCUCCCAGGAUGCAAUUCCACGGCAUGUCAGAGCUGAUCCUCAGCAAGGAGCAACUGUAUGAGAUGUUCCAACAGGUUCUUGGCAUCAAGAAGUUUGAGCACCAGCUGCUCUACACUGCCUGCCAGCUGGACAAUGUGGACGAGCAGGCGGCGCAGAUCCGAAGGGAGCUGGACGGUCGACUGCAGCUUGCCGAGAGGAUAGCUACGGAAAGGAGACAUCCCAAGCUCAUCUCCAAGGACAUGGAGGCGCUGUACGUGGAGGAGCUCCGGGCCUCCGUCAGCUUUCUCAUGGCCAACCUGGAGAGUCUUCCAGUCUCCAAGGGUGGACCAGAUCUGAAGCUGCAGAAGUUGAAGCGUUCCUCCAUCAACUCCUCCUUCCUGGACAUGGUGGACGAGAACGACGUUCUGCUGUCCAAGUCGGAUGUGGUCCUGUCUUUCUCACUGGAGAUUGUCAUCAUGGAGGUGCAGGGCCUCAAGUCUGUAGCCCCCAACAGGAUCGUGUACUGCACCAUGGAAGUGGAGGGGGGGGAGAAGCUGCAGACCGACCAGGCAGAAGCCUCAAAUCCACAGUGGGGGACGCAGGGCGACUUCACCACAAGCCACCCCCUGCCGGUUGUCAAGGUGAAGCUGUUCACGGAGAGCACAGGGGUGCUAGCUUUGGAGGACAAGGAACUAGGCAGGGUGGUGCUGAACCCCACAACCAACAGUCCCAAAUCUAUGGAGCUGCACAAGAUGGUGGUGCCGCGGAACAGCCAGGACUCUGAGCUGAAGAUCAAGCUGGCCGUACGAAUGGAAAAGCCGCCCAACAUGAAGCACAGCGGGUAUCUGUAUGCUGUGGGACAAAGAGUCUGGAAACGAUGGAAACGGCGCUAUUUUGUACUCGUUCAGGUGAGCCAGUACACUUUCGCCAUGUGCAGCUACCGGGAGAAAAAAUCGGAACCGCAGGAGCUGAUGCAGCUGGAGGGAUACACCGUGGACUACUCGGACCCGCAGCCAGGUUUUCAGGGAGGUCGAGGUUUUUUCAGUGCAGUCCGGGACAGAGACCUGUUCGUUUUCGCCAGUGAUGACGAGCAGGACCGCGUCCUGUGGGUCCAGGCCUUGUAUCGGGCCACGGGCCAGUCUUACAAACCCAUUCCGCCCUCCCAGAACCAACGACAGAACUGCCGGGAUAGCGCCCUGCAGUCCAAUGCUUCUGCCCUGCUGCACAGUUUAGAAAGGUCCCAGCAGCAAACGGUGGAGGAGCUGGUUUCGGCCGUGCCCUGCCACUUCGACCACACGGCCCUCUUCCGGACCUUGCAGAAACGGACGCUCCAGCACAGGAUGAGCGACUCUUUCUGCUGUUUGGGUUGGUUCAGUCCGGCUCAGGUAUUCGUGCUGGAUGAGUACUGCUCCCGCUAUGGCGUUAGGGGCUGUCACCGGCACCUCUGCUACCUGCGCGACCUGACGGAGUACUGCCAGAGGAGCGUCCUCAUUGACCCCACCCUACUGCAUUACAGCUUCGCCUUCUGCGGAUCCCACAUUCACGGAAACAGACCAGAUGGGCUGGGCACCAUCACGCAGGAGGAGAAGGAGCAGUCUGAGGAGGUGCGAAAGCAGCUUCUGACUUUGCUGGAGAACCAGAUCAUUAACUUCAGGUACUGCUUUCCAUUUGGGCGGCCAGAGGGGGCGCUCAAAGCCACAUUGUCUCUGCUGGAGAGGGUCCUGAUGAAGGACAUCUCAUCACCACCUCCGACAGAGGAACUGAGAGAGCUUGUCCAGAAAUGUCUGAGGAAAGCAGCUCAGGUUAAUUAUUCUCAGCUCACAGACUCCUCACAUAUCCAAGAAGCUCAGGCUUCUCCAGAAAAACGUCUGGAGGCAAUCAUCAAACUGGCAGGUCUGGGUAUCGAAGUCCUGCAACAGAUCCAUGAGCACCACGUUGAGGCCUUCCCCUGGUGGCCCGACGCCAUGGCUGAACACGCUGAGGCCUUCCUGUCCCUGUACACCGCGGACAUGGACACCGCCCUGCAGGUGCAGCCCCGCGACUCGUGGGACAGUUUCCCCCUCUUCCAGAUGUUCAACAACUUCCUGAGGCCUGAGCCUCUCCUGUGCAACGGGGUGUUCCACAGGCACCUGCAGGACACAUUCCUGCCCUUGGUGGUGCGCUACGUCGACCUGAUGGAGGCGUCCAUUGCCCAGUUCAUCCACCGCAGCUUUGAGCAGGAGUCCUGGCAGUCUGUCAAGACGAUAACGGACAGCCUGCCCGGCGUGCCCCUGCCCAAAGUUCCCAGCCUGCCUGUCAGCCUCCCCCAGCUGCCUGGCUUCUCUGCACCCUCCUGGAUGGGUCCACUGUGUGACAACACCUUGCCGGGGAGUAACGUUCCUGAUGUUUUCAGCGGCUCUGAGGACCUCUUCUGGAAGCUGGAUGCCUUGCAGAUGUUCGUGCUGGACCUACACUGGCCAGAGCCUGAGUUUGCCCAGCAGUUGGAACACAGGGUCAGACUGAUGUCCAGCAACAUGGUGGAGGCCUGUGUGAAGAGAACAAAAGCGGCUUUCGACGCCAAGAUGCAGAAGGCCAGCAAGUCGCCGGACUUCCGGGUGUGCCUGCCCAUCUGCGGCAUGUUCAACGCCCUGCUGCACGCCAAGAAACACUGCUUCAAGCUUUGCCUGCUGGACGCAGGCCAGGAGCACCAGAACCGGUCCAAAGUGGACAUACUGAUUGAAGAUGCUUUUAAGGAGAUGAUCGCCUCCCUGGUGUCUAAGUUUUCUGCCGUUUUAGAGACGGUCCUGUCCAAGCUCUCCAGAUACGACGAGGGUACAUUCUUCUCCUCAUUGCUGACCUUCACGGUGAAAGCAGCUGCCAAGUAUGUGGAGGUUCCUAAACCCGGCAUGGAUCUGGCUGAUACCUACAUCACCUUUGUGAGGCAGAACCAAGACAUCUUGAGAGAGCGUGUCAUUGAGGAGAUGUACGUGGAGAAGCUGUUUGAGCAAUGGUAUACCAACUCCAUGAAGGUCGUGUGCCUCUGGCUGACAGACAGACUUGACCUGCAGCUGCACACCUACCAGCUGAGAACCCUUAUCAAGAUUGUGAAGAAAACGUACCGUGAUUUCAGGCUGCAGGGGGUACUCGAUGGAACCCUGAACAACAAGAGUUACGAGGCCAUCUACAAUCGGCUAACACUGGAAGAGGCUUCAGUGACGGUCAGUGAGGGGGAAGGCCUACAAGGCAUCUCCAUGAGGGACAGUGACCAAGAGGACGAUUAGAUCACCCUGAGGGAGGCUCUCAUGACCAGCUUUACGGAAGAAGGAUGGUGAAUUUACAUGUGCCACAACAUCAGCUCUGAAAAAUAUGUGUCCUUGAACAUUCAGUACUGUACCUAAUCAGAGGUCAUCCUGCUAGUGCAGUACUGCUUAAUGGACACCAGGCGGCAGACUAUCUGUUUAUUAUAUAUAUUUUCCUUCCCAUUGAUGUGAACUGAAGCAUUUGGAAAUGUCCUGAUAUUGAAGUAUGGUUUCUAAUGUAAACUGCUUUGAGUGUGCAAGCUGAGCAUGGAAAUUGCUAAGUCAAGGUCCACACAAGCAUUGAACGUUUGGCGUCUUUGACCCGCAGAGGUGAGGACGUCUCAAAUUGCUUGUUGUAGGGAAAAAGCUUCCAGCGAAGACAUUGAAUAUGAGCACUUUUGUUUGGUGAAUCGACCACAGAGUUAUCGCUCCUUCUUUACUGCGGUAAAGACCAAAGUUAAACAUCUGCCACAAAAGUGAUUUUCCUUUAUAUGUGUGUUUAAAUUCACCGCCUGCUAAUGACAUUUCACUAUACCUGCGAGCGCACGCUUGGUCCACAGUGAAUUGUGCUCGAGAGAUUAGCCAAGCUGACUUGUUACUAACACCUUGAGAAACUUCGGUCAGUAAAGAUGCGAGCAGAAAAACGGGGCAAAUUUGUAUGUUUAUACUGUCAUCUGUGCACCUGUGUUUCUUCAGGUGAGUUGAAAGUGUUAAAAUAAAAGUGAUUAAUGCGAGAA